UUGAACUACAUGAUCCUAAUUCUUAAACCACACUUGACACUACUACUACUACUUCUACUAGUCUAGCACACAAUCUCAUCUUCAAUUUCUCAUAAUAAUCUUAGCAUAUCUAGACCUCCCCAAAUUAAACACACAAAUGGCAGCCUCUUCCUCCACCUUGUUCUCCACCCCAACCUUCUCACCUACCCUCCAAAGGCACCACAAUUCCCACCUCUCUCCAUCCAACAUAUCCUUCCAAGGCCUCAAGCCCCUCAUCACAAGGCUCCCAAAAACCAAGUCAAGCACAAAAGUCGUUACCACCACACCCAGAAGAAAUGUUGUGAAGGCAGAGCUGAGUGCACCCCUUGUGAUAAGCUUGAGCACAGGGCUAUCACUCUUCUUAGGAAGGUUUGUGUUCUUCAACUUCCAAAGAGAGAACGUGGCCAAACAAGUGCCUGAGCAAAACGGUGUGACCCACUUCGAAGCUGGUGACACUCGUGCUAAAGAGUACGUUAGCCUCCUCAAAUCCAAUGACCCAGUUGGGUUUAACAUCGUGGAUGUCUUGGCUUGGGGUUCUAUUGGUCACAUAGUUGCUUAUUAUAUCUUGGCCACCACUAGCAACGGCUAUGAUCCCAAGUUCUUUGACUGAAGAAUUUUGUCAUUUUUCUAUCUCUAGCUAUGUGCCUGUGCCACUGCUACCCUUUUGUUGAUUUCUGUUUUAAUCGGUCUGUAACUUUGGAAUUUGUAUAGUGUAUGUUUUUUAGUUGGGGAGGUUAUUUAAUUUCUUUGUUAUGUUGUUUUUAGUUUCAUUUUCAUGUAUGCUUUUAUAUUUUGGUUUGCAUGGAGGAGAUAAUUGGAUAAGGGUUGUGCUUUCUCUUUA